UCCCAGGGGAGGAUCUAAGCAGCUGCAAGAUAUGAACGAGCCAAGCAAAGAUAGAAAAAGAGUUACAAACACAAGGAGAGUUUCUUUUGAGAUGCCUAGAGUUAAUAUCUGACAAUUCCUGUCAUACGCAGAUCUGUUUCAGCACCACAAGGAGACGGACAGCUCCCAUCAUUACAAGUACCACUUCCUACCUGGGUACAUCUUUAUACCACCUGAUUAACUUUUAUUUUACUGUAAUCCUGUAACAUUCAAACACACAUUCAUCUGGGGAUCUAGGAGCACAAUGUACCAAGGACAUAUGCAGGGGAAAAGCUCUAGGGCGGCAGAUAAGGCUGUUGCCAUGGUGAUGAAGGAGAUACCGAGGCAGCCGUCUGCAGAAGAAAAGCCCCUCCUUACUAUGACAUCACAGCUGGUGAACGAGCAACAAGAAAGCAGACCCCUUCUGAGUCCAUCUAUUGACGACUUUCUGUGUGAAACAAAAUCAGAUGCAAAGCCCAGACCAGUUACUUCAAAUACAGCAGUAUUAUCACCAGGGCUGGAUCUUCUUGAUCUGAGUGAACCAAUUACGCCAACACAGAGCAAAGGGAAGAAGCCAGAAAUUGUAUUAAAAGGUGAACCAUCCAAAGGGCAAUCCAUUAAGAAGAAGGGAGAUGACUCUGACAUCAUAAAAACUGAGGCUGAGAAAAGCACAAAAGUGGUCAGAAUCCCAGAGAAGUCUGCUUUGGAUUUAGUUCACAUCCACACACAACUGGAGCAAUGGGGUGAUGGAUGUUUUCGAGGCGAUAAAAGCAGCGAUAGUCAUCGAGGAUCAGAAAGAAAACCAUCAUCCAAGGCGGCUUCUAAAGAACUUCUAUGGUCUACAGACAGUAGAUCGCAAGCUGAAGCAGUGCAGACUAGUAAUAUGGUGGAGACAGAGCAAGCUUCUGAUUUAGAAUUGGCACCUGCUGCAAAGGGCCCACUGAGGAGAGAAUCACGGUUGGGUGGAGCAUUUCUUUCAAGAAACCAAUCUCUGGAAGAAGAAUUUGAAAGAGCAAAGGCUGCAGUUGAGUCAGAUACUGAAUUCUGGGAUAAGAUGCAAGCAGAGUGGGAAGAAAUGGCAAGACGGAACUGGAUUUCAGAUAACACAGAAUCAGGCAAUCAGACUGGAACAUCAUUUAAAGAAACGGGGUAUUAUUUUCACACUGAAAACCCAUUCAAAGAAUGUUCUGGGGCUUUUGAAGAAGGAAUGAAAAAAUUGAAAGAAGGGGAAUUGCCACUAACAAUACUGUACCUCGAAGCCGCUAUUUUACAGGAUCCCAAUGAUGCUGAGGCUUGGCAGUACCUUGGCAUAACACAAGCAGAGAAUGAAAAUGAACAGGCAGCUAUUGUGUCUCUCCAGAGGUGUUUACAGCUACAACCAAAUAACCUAAAAGCACUUAUGGCCUUAGCUGUCAGCUACACCAACAUUGGACACCAGCAACAGGCAUAUGAAGCUUUGAAAAUGUGGAUGAAACAAAAUCCCAGAUAUAAAUACCUUGUAAAAAGCAAAGGCGGAUCCCCAGCACUUACUAGACGGAUGUCAAAGUCGAUAUGUGAAAGUACAUCUCUUGAAGAGGUGAAGGACUUGUAUCUGGAGGCAGCACAUCAGAAUAAGGAGCUUAUAGAUCCGGAUCUGCAGACAGGACUUGGAGUUUUAUUCAACCUGAGUGGGGAGUUUGAUAGGGCCGUGGAUGCUUUCAACUCUGCCUUAAUGGUCCGACCAGAGGACUAUUCCUUAUGGAACCGCCUUGGAGCCACCCUAGCAAACGGAGAUCGAAGUGAAGAAGCUGUGGAUGCUUAUUCAAAAGCCCUGGAAAUACAACCUGGUUUUAUUCGGUCAAGAUACAAUCUUGGAAUUAGCUGCAUUAACCUUGGGGCCCACAGAGAAGCUGUCAGCAAUUUUCUCACAGCUCUAAGUCUCCAAAGAAAAAGCAGGAAUCUUCAACAAGUCAACCCUCCUGUGAUCUCUGGGAACAUCUGGGCAGCACUUAGAAUAGCACUAUCUAUGAUGGACCAACCUGAGCUAUUCCAUGCUGCAAAUGUGGGAGACUUGGAUGUUCUCUUGAGAGCUUUCAAUAUAGACCAUUGAAGCAAUGCUUAAAUAGACCGUUUUAUGGAAAAAACUGUUUUUACCACAUAUGGAAAAUGGACAAAGUAUUUAAUACUUCCAAUAGAAUUACAAUAUUUGGCACCUCCAAAGACUGCUACUUAUAUAUGAAAGAAAAAAAGCACAAUAUAUUAAUAAUAACAUAUUAUUUGACUGAAA